AAGAGAUUACUAGAGAUUCCAAUACGGAGUAAAGCUAGGGAGAGAGAAAGGGAUAGCAGUCUGUGACCCCAAUCAAGAGCAGAGAAAUGUCAAGAGUACAAACGGUUCUGGGUAGCAUUACGCCCAACCUGCUGGGUCGCACACUCACCCAUGAGCAUGUGGCUCUCGACUUCGAGCACUUCUAUAAGCCGCCGCCGGCGGACUUUGAGAAUGAGUUGCGGCAAAAGAUCAAGAUGUCUACGUUGGGCUACGUCCGCUUGUAUCCGUACUCGAGCCGGGAGAACUUGCGUUUCAACGAUGAAGAGGCGCUGGAGGCGGUCAGGAAGGAUGUGCUGCUCUAUAAGAAUCAUGGCGGCGGCGCCAUUGUGGAGAACAGCACCUAUGGACUGAAACCCAAUCUGGAGUUCAUUGUGGACCUGGCCAAGACGACGGGCGUGCACUUCAUUGCUGGCACAGGACAUUAUAUACACGCCACGCAGGACGCCUCGCACAGGAAUCUGACAGUCGAGCAGAUGACGGAUAUGUACUCCAAGGACAUAUUAACUGGCAUCGAUGUGAACGGUCGCAUUGUGAAAUGUGGUUUCAUUGGCGAGGUGGCUAGCGUGUAUCCCGUCCAGGAGUUCGAGCGACACGCCCUGCUGGCCGCCGGCGAAAUCCAGGAGGUGCUCGGCUGUGGCGUCUCACUGCACCCGCACCGUGUCUCCAAGGCACCCUUCGAAAUCAUGCGGCUCUACCUCGAGGCCGGAGGGCGGGCCAACAAAUGCGUCAUGUCGCAUUUGGAUCGCACAAUCUUUGACAUGGAUGAGCUGCUGGAGUUCGCCAAGCUGGGCUGUUACCUGCAGUACGAUCUCUUCGGCACAGAGUCGUCCUACUACCAGCUUAACUCCACCGUGGACAUGAUAUCCGACGGACAGCGCAUUGAGAACAUCAUGAAGCUGAUCAACGAGGGGCUCGUGGACAGGCUGCUCAUGUCGCACGACAUCCACACAAAGCAUCGACUGACUUCGUAUGGAGGACACGGAUAUCAUCACAUACACAUGAAUAUUCUGCCUCGCAUGUUCCAGCGCGGCGUAACGCUCGAGCAGGUGGAGCAAAUGACUGUCACCAAUCCGGCUAACUGGCUCAGCUUCAACGCCUAGCUAUAGAUCGGACGUAAACACAUUAUACUAUAUAUACACAGAUGAACUCUGCACCGUUCUGUGGGGAUCACAGUCUGUUUUCUGUUUGUUUGGUUUCUCUUUUAUUGACCAUUUUAUUUGCAUCUUUGUUUAGUACUUUGUUGUGCUCAUGUGAUGAUAAGAUAAGCCCUGUUGUUUUCGCUGGUUCCCAAAAAUAAAGUAAUUGGGACUCUUAAAAUAUGUUUUAUUUU